UUGAUUUCCACAUAACCAUUACAACCCAAAUUCACAAUUCAAGCACUCAUCUUUUUCAAUCUUAUCAACCAAUCUCAGCUUCCAAUAUUACAUAAUGGGUGUUGUCACCACACAAUCAGAGAAUGUUCUCGCAAUUGCACCAAACAGGCUGUUCAAGGCCUAUGCUGAUGGUGCCAACUUCUUCCCCAAGGUUAUCCCUUCCAUCAAGAGUGUCGAAACCCUCGAGGGCAACGGCGGAGCCGGAACCAUCCAGAAGUUCACUUUUGCCGGAGAUGAUCAGCAACUCACAUAUGUGAAGCACAAGAUUGAAUCACUUGACGAAGACACUCUCACAUACAACUACAGCAUAAUUGAAGGCGAUAUCCUCAAGGGUGCUCUUCAGAAGCUCAGUUCCGAGAACAAGAUCGUGGCUUCUCCGGACGGAGGAUCUAUCUGGAAGACCACCGCCACAUAUCACUUUGACGGUGACGUUGUGAUUCCGGAGGACAAACUCCAGGAGGCCAAAGAAAAGGCCACCGCCAUGUUCAAGGCCGUUGAAGCAUAUCUCCUGGCCAAUCCUGAUGCCUAUUAAUUAAGUCAAGUCCCCCCCCCCCCUCUUCUAUCUAUUUUUGAUUUCAGAAUAAAACUUCCUAUUUUGUUAAAUAUGGAAGUGCUUGUGUUGUUUGUUGUUGUUCAUAUAUUUUAUAUAUUCAGAGUGUAUUUUGUAUCCACUUCAAAUGUUUAUGUAUUGAAUUCCAAUCAAUGAUAAAUUUCGGCUGGUUAUUUUACAAA